CUCAUUAAUUGACAAACAAAAAACUAAACGAACAAAAAUAACAUCACAUCCGAAUUCAAAUGCGCAAACGGAUGAACUAAGUGAAUCCCAACAUAGCUACUUCCUCCCACUUCCUCCUCCGGUUACACAUUCGCUUAUAUAUUUGUUUACAACAUUAAACCAUUUCUUACUCGUUUACUAAGAAAAUAAAAAAUAAUAAAAAUAAUAAUACAAAAAAACUUUACGUAAUCUUACGCACACACAAUUUUCGUUUAUUGCAAAGAAAGGUGGGGAUCUUGUAUUUUACUUUCUUGUUGCAAUAAAGAGAAAGUGAAAGUGUAUUAUUAUCUCUCAACCAACCUCAAAGAUACAUUGCGCUGAUCGAGUAGUGGUGCACAGUUCGUUUGGAUACUUCAUAUCGAGUACUUGGAAUAUACCCCAAGAUACAGUGGCUUUGGGUGCUUCGAGUAGCAAAUUAUACGAACUCUAAUUUAUUAUUAAAACCGAUGCAAGAUGCAAUAAGUUCAGAAGGACUUAACUAUUAGAUCCAUUACGACACCUCUGCUAAGUAUCCCAAGUCGAAGGAACUUUAUAACAAAUUAACGAGUUUGAUUUUGUUUAAAGGACGACACAUCGAAGGACCAAAAAUGCCAGCUUUAGGUUCCAUCAUUUUGUUGGGAAUGAUGAUGUCCCUUUCAGUGGUGGUUGUAGCUUUUCAGUUUCCAGAGAAUGGAAAUAGCAAGCCUCGAUCUGCAUCGGGCUCCGCGCCAUCGCUAUCGCCAUCGCCAUCACAUCAGCAACAAGCCACAACUUUGAAACCGAAAUUAAUUCGAACCGAAUUACGUGUGAGCAGAAAUUUGAAUUUCGAUGAUACAGAAGUGAUCAAUGUGCGGGGUAAUAAUGGUGAAAUGACUCAAUUGCUCGUUAAAAAGAGACCUCGGAAUGCAGAGAGCUUUGGGCAGCCUAUUAGUGAUUCCGUGAACAGAUACUUCAAACGUGCUGUGGACAAUAAUGAUAGCUUGAAAUUAUUUAAUCUUCCACUUAUUUUGAAUGCGGCCAUAAAGACUGCUGACAAUGCGGAUCACCAUCAUCAGCGGCCCGAGGAGGAGGAGAGCUUUGGUCGAACCGCACAGAAUUUCUUCUACAACAUCAUGGGAAGCAUUCCCGAAUCUAUAGCCAAAUCGACGUUAGCAGUGUUCGAGACGAAGGAUCAACCCGAAAAGAAAUCCAAACAACCCAAAAACAACGAAGCGAGUCCAAUUCUAUUCUCACCCGAAGAGAUUCCAGUUAUUGAGGGAGUUCGUGUGCCCGACGACGAAGAGGACAAGGUCAAGAUUUGGCGAAAUGCCAGAGUGAUUAAAAACGAACUAGUUCCAUAUAAGAGCGGUUAUCGACCCCCUAGAGCUAGACCUGUUCAUUUACUCGAUAUGCCCGAGACAAAUAAAAUGACUAGGCGAGCAGGCAGAGCCGGACUAGGACCGUUUUUUGUGUCGGAUAAUAUCGAAAAUGUGCAUGCCGAGUUCAAACGGGCCAAGGGUCCGUUCUUUGCCGUAGACAACAUACGUAAUAAUGAUUUAUUCGAUCAACCACAAGUUAAUUCUUAUGAAUCGAAUGCAAAUCAAUUUCGUAAUUUCGGCAAUGAAGAUAUAGUUUUUAAGGUCCGCGAGCCAGUUCGAGAGUACUCUAAUCCGGAUUUGGGUGUAAAGAAGGUUAAUUUGUAUGAAGGUUAUGCGAACGCCGCCGCCGCAUAUAGCCAGGAUGUAAAUCGACGAGGACAGUUUUUUCAGAGUGUCCCCAUAAAACAAGCACAAUACUACAAAGAACCGGAACCCAAAAAAGUACAAUAUUACACUAAUUUAAAAAGCAGCAGUUGGAAUGAUGUAAGAGCCCAACAGCAAGCUUAUUCAAAUAGAAACACAAACAACAAUAAAAGAAACGGCUUCGAGUUAAUUUACAAUGAACCAUACCAAUUUAAUAGCAGAUGGGGGAUAACACAAUAGACGGCUAUUUGUUGGUCUGUUUUAUUCAUUCAAG